CGAGCGAUCAACACCUGUGCGGAUCUGAAAACCCAAAUAUAAAUCUAAACCCACCAAGCAACCCACCGCGCAAACCCACCAAUUAAUCCACCAAAGGCUGCGUUUGUGCUACCACUUAGCGGACUCUUAGCGGGCUCUCCCAUGCAAAUGAAGUGAGUGAAAAGCGGCUGAGAAAGUGAAAAGUCGGGCGGAAUGCAACUGCAGAAGGCGACCCUACCAGAUGAGCCCAUCCCCCAACAUUCGAAUUCAGAGCAGACCCAUUGAGAUUCCAAGCGCAGCACAUGCCCAUGCCGCUGGAACUGUUUUAGCCAAGAGCGAGGAACAGGGGAGCGAGUAGCAGGUUCGAGAGAUCAGUGGAAGCCCAAACAAAACAAACCAACCAAAACAGUGAAGCGAUUCCGAAAGCGGCAGCCAACAUGAAUCAAACGCAAGUGAAUAAUUUUCUCAAGUGCUUCCUGCAAAUCGAUGAGCCCGCCGGUCAUUGGAUAUCGCGUCAUGACGACGAGGAACACGAUCACGACCACGAUCACGACGAUCAUGACGAGGAGGAGGACGAUGACAGCGGUGUGCUGGUGGCCAAGGUCACCGCCAUGGUGGUUCUCUUCUGCGCCAGCACCAUCUGCGGCUCCAUUCCCUUUCUGCUGAACCGCUGCUACCGCUGGACGGAGAACCAGACGAACGCCCGGUCAGCGAUUGUGGUCAAGUGCCUGCUCUACUUUGGCGGCGGUGUCCUGCUGGCCACCACAUUUUUGCAUCUACUGCCCGAGGUCCAGGAGGUCGUGGAAGAGCUACAGGAAUGUGGCAUCAUUGGAGAACUUACCUUCCCACUGGCGGAGCUGCUCAUGUGUUGCGGCUUCUUCCUUAUGUACUUCAUAGAGGAGGCCAUGCACACGUACGUGCAUCACCAUCAAAAGGACGAGGCGGGAGCGGCCUUUGAGCGUGGCCACAGCAUCCGGAAUAGUCACCUGCUGAAGCCCACAGAGGCCACAGCGCCGCCAGCCAAUCAAGUCACGGGUGCCGGUAGUGCCACCUCGGAGCUGGGAACACUUUCCGUGCAGAACCUCCUGCAAAACGAUCUUGAGCAGCAGAAAUUCGCCUCUAAGCCCCAGAGCCAGGCCAAUGGUCAUGCCCAUGGUCAUGCCCAUGGACAUGGACAUGGACACGGACAUAGUCAUCUUCCUGUGAUAGCAGACGAUGCCUCCGCCGGAGACAUGUUGGCCUCAUCGCUGCGCGGACUCUUUAUCGUGUCCGCUUUGUCGCUUCACGAACUCUUCGAGGGCAUGGCCAUCGGAUUGGAGGGCUCCGCCAGCUCCGUGUGGUUCAUGUUCGGAGCCGUUUCCGCCCACAAAUUGGUGCUGGCCUUCUGCGUGGGCGUGGAACUCAUCGUUGCCCGUACAAGGCUCACGCUAGCAGUGAUCUACGUGCUGACCUUUGCUGUGGUCAGCCCCCUCGGCAUAGGCAUUGGCAUCCUGAUAAACCACGGCCAGGAGACCACUGGACCCAGCCUGGUUUCGGCCAUCUUGCAGGGCUUUGCCUGCGGCACGCUCAUAUACGUGGUCUUCUUCGAGAUCCUCUCGAAGAACAGGUCCGGUCUGCGCGCCUAUCUGGCCCUCUUUGUUGGCUUCCUCGUCAUGUUCGGCCUACAGCAGCUAACUUCCGGUGGCGGACACGGCCACAGUCAUAGUCACAGCAGCUGCUCGGCCCAUACGGACGACCACCAUGAGACUGAGACCAGGUCUGGCUCGGACCACGUCCAUGAUCACGAGCACGACCAUGAUCAUGCCCACCCGCCGCCUAACCACAACCAUGCCGAAGAACUGGCCGCCGUCCAUAACUACGAGCAGCAGCUGCAGCUCCUGCGACAGGUGACCCAGAAACUGUUGGAAGCACACCCCAAGAAGGACGUCUAGACUUUAAGCUGCAAAGCAGAAUUUUGAUCUAAUUUAUAUUGUAAUAUAUGUAUUUAUCUAGAAAUAAAGCCUAAGAUUAGUUAAAGUAA